UCUAAAUGUUUCAGUCAGAUUUGGGUCGCUUCACUCGCAAUGUGAAUGUAGCUUAACAGAAGCUCCACAGAUGGGAGAAACAUCUCAGUAAUGAGGCCUUUACUGUCAAGUGAGCCACUGCUGACUAAAGGGCAUCUGUCAGGCCAACCGCAGUUUGCCAAGAAGAAUUUUAAAGACAGAACAAAAAGAAAGUAGUCCUUCGGUAGCAUGUGACAAAUCCGCCUGAGGGGCUGGUAAACUGGCGAAGCGUAGGGAACACUGAUCAGACCAAAUCACACAAGAGAGGUCUGUGAAGAAAACUUUGUCUAGAGCGCCCCUGUGUGAAAACAUCUGCGCAAGAUCACAGUUCAGCCUCCAGUCUGAGAGCUAGAGAAGGACUGCAAGAAGAAAAAACUGCUUAAAUCCAGAUGUGCAAAGCUGCAGAGGCGCAAAAAACUAUUGAAACAAGAAGGCUAACUUUGACGUCACUAAAUAAAGGGCCUGCUGCUUCAGUAAAUUACAUAUUUUAGGGUAUCUUUUUUAACUGUUGUUAUUGUUUAAUCUAUUUAAUAUAUUGUUUAAUUCCAGCAGGAAACAAACUUUUGAAUGUAUAGUUCUGCUGCCAUCAGUAAGAUUUAGAUCGGGAAAAUGUAAAUGUAUUUAUCUGGUCUGUGUGACAAAACAGGCAGUGUCAAACUGUAUGAAUAAUAAAUUAAACCUAACUUUACAUUUGUAUGUCAUCACCAACACUGACAUUACUUUACAUUUUUUUAAACCUCUAGAUCUCUUUUAUCUCUGGGUGUUGAGCAGUGUUGAGCAGUUCUUCCAACCGAUUGAGUGAUGCCUCGUUCUUUCUUGGUGAAGCGAGGGGGGCUGCACCACCUUGGGAAAAAGACAGGGUCCCGGUAUACUUCCCUGGAGUACUCCACAGAAAGACCAGAUAAUAACGCAGUGCCCAUCACAUUACUGGAGCAGGAUCCUCCUGCUGCCAGCCAGUCUGAUGGAAGGGCGCACAUUCAGCCAUUCAGCCUCAAAUAUUAUGACUGUAGAUCUGCUGAGCCUUGCAGUCCUGUCAUCACAAAUACUUUUAGCCAUGUGGAGAAAGUCGAGUCUCGCCCUCGCACACCAGCAUCAUGGUCCAGACCUCAUGUGAUCUCAGGAUAUCCAGAAAAACUGUCUGUGGGACUGGAAGACUUGACACAGCACCCUUACAUCCUGAGGAAGACCAGGAGCAGCGGCCGCUCGAAGAUCGGUGCUCCGAGGCAGGAGUGUCCACUCUGUAGCAAAAUAUUUUCAUGCCUGUCGAAUUUGAAGACUCACAUAUGCAAGAACCAUGGGGGCAGAGCACCGGCACACAUCAAGUCCAGCAGGACAGAUACUGAGCGGUCACCAUGCAGGGGCAAGGAGAGGACGUUUGGCUGUACCGUGUGUGGGAAGGUGUUCAAGCGCUCCUCCACCCUCUCCACUCAUCUGCUCAUACACUCGGACACGCGGCCCUACCCCUGCCAGUACUGUGGCAAAAGGUUCCACCAGAAGUCUGACAUGAAGAAACACACUUUCAUACACACCGGCGAGAAGCCACAUGUGUGUCAGAUAUGUGGGAAGGCAUUCAGCCAGAGCUCCAACCUCAUCACCCACAGCCGCAAACACAGAGACGACCGGCCCUACCGCUGUCCUCGCUGCCCCUACGGCUUCCAGCAAAAAGUGGACCUCAGGCAGCACCAGGAGCAGCACUGCACAUACCGCUGACUCGGACACACGCAGCCAAGGCAACAUCUGCAGCCUUUUUUGAAUAACCGGCAGGAAAAACACAUUAACAUCGUGUCAUGAGCAAAAAUGGCCAAAUGUCAUCAUGUGAUUCCUAACAAAAGAAUGAAUGUCACUACUGAAGAUGAUUGAGUUUAUGCCCACAUGAUUUGUCCAUGUUCUCUGCCGAUCUGUGACCUAUAGAGCUUUUCUGCAAAGUUCACACUGAGCGCAAUAAAUGGAGAUAUCGUUUGUGGUUUGGUUUCAAAUAAUGUUCAUUUAGUGUUUCCUCAUGAUUUGCAGGAGAUUUCUUUUGGAGAUUUCUGUUGUGGACAGCUUCAGUAAUAGUUUUUAAUUUUAAUGUACCACUGCGCUCUGGCAACCAUCAUUGGCGUAGUCUCUUCCUGUUGCGUUUUCAUUCACUUUGCCAUAGGAAUGGACGUUUCCGUCCCCCAUAUUGUAGGCCGCUAUCCCUCCUGCGGAGACAAACACAAAGGUGAAGGUGUGACGAGAGCUGCUGCGUGUUUGAAUCUACUAAUUCAGUAAAACAAACCUUUCAGCUGCCACUCCACACUCCAGCUGGGAAAUUUGUCGCAGAUGCGUUUGAUAAAACCAACCAAGAUCUCAGUGCCUUGGCAGAGGUGUUCCUCACUGUCCCAACCACCACGUGCUGUGUGUCCGCCUCCUUUUGGAUUGACAUCAACCUAGGGAAAUGGUAAUUAAAUAAACACUGUUGUAAUGGGGGACUCUAUUAAGAGUAUGUGAGGAAAGCAGAAGAAUUUUUUGCAACCUGCAUCAGUCCCCAGGCAUUAUACGCUCCUCUGCCUGUGUCAUAGUCUCCCCAGCCUCCUUUUAAUGCAUUUCCAGCCCUGGACUCUCUGGAGAUGAUGGCAGCAAUGAGACCUGGACCGAUUCCAUACUUUUUUCCCCACUGUGGAGAUCAUAGACUUGUACUUUUCCAUUCUGCCCGCAUCCGUCUCUGCCAUGGUGCAUGAUGCCCUCUCACCUUUAGAGAGAAAUCAAACAGAGAAUAGGAUGAUAACCUCAGUGCAACAAACAGUAUCUUCCUGUCAAUAUAUUGAUUUAGUUAUACUGUAGAUAUGGAUGUAUGUUUACUGUAGAUGGAAGUUUCAUGAUUAUUUCUAACACCGUCACAUCAGUUCACCUGUGUUUCUCUACUGCAGCGUUUAACCGAGUAGGUCAGGUUGUCCUACUUAGCUGUUUCCUUUGAGGCACCACCAGCCGCCCUCCUGAUGUCACCAUGAGAAAAGUUUGUUCAGUUUAUUAGAUUACUUUGCAUCAACAAGGGACUUUGCUGCUACUUAUGUCAAAGUGGAUAACCAGAAGUGUUUCUAGCAAGCUCUUUAGUCGUAUGUCAUGAAUCAGAUGGUUAGUAUACAAAUAGCACUGCAACAUAUACAAUUAUAUAUAUUUUAAAAAAACUCAUCUAACUACAAAAGCACCAUGCAUGUACAAAAAUAAACAAACAUGUUCAUUAUGUUUGACUAUUACACAAAUAUAAUGAUAGAGAGCAGAGUUUGAAAAUAUGGCAAGAAUUCACAAUAAAGUGAUAAGAAACGAA